AUGAUAAAUUAUAUAACAAUAUUACCAGGAAAAAUUAAUACAAGUUAUGAAAUAGAGUAGCAUGAAGGUAGAGUAAUGGGAGUACAUUUGUUUAAUUAAUUUAUUUAUUCAGUUAGUAAGGAUUAAAACUAUAGGGUAGUGAAUUUUUAAACAGGAAAAUUGGAAGUUGAUUAUCAUCAUAAUUUUGAAUUAACCUGUUUAAAAUUUAAUGAAAUAAGAAAUUGUGCAUUUAUAGGAGAUAGAAAUGGAUAAAUUAUGAUAUUUUAAAAUUCUAUAAAAUUAGUUACAUUAGACUUUAAUGAUUAAUUUGUAAGAGACUUAACAAUAGAUCCAAUAAAGAAUUAUUUAAUAGGAAUAUGUUUUUAUACUGGUUCAACAAUAGUUUAUGAUAUUGGAGGAAUAGGUUAGGUAAUAUUAAAAUAUAAUUUAGGAAAAAAAUACAAGAAAAAUUACUCAAUUUAAAAAUAAAGAUAAAAGUCGUUGUGUUUGUUGGUCUAGUAGUAGAGGUGAAGUUUAUAUAGGUAAUAGUGAUGGAACAAUUACAAUUUGGAGUGCAAAAGAUUGCUCACCUAUAAAGGAAUAUAAAGUCCAUCAAAAUGAAAUAACAAAAAUGAUUUGGAAUGAAGAAGCCUCAAUUCUGAUGACUUCUAGCAAAGAUAAAACAAUUAAGAUUAUUUGUCUUCCUAAAAAAUGGGAGGGUGAUAUUAUUAUAGAAAAGAAAAAAAAAAGUUUAGAUGAUAUAGAAUAGUGGAAUUAAAUUAAUUGA